GACUAACAGUAAAUUAUUGUAUGUGGCAAAUCAGAGCAAUGUCGGGCAUGACAAAAGAUAUUCCUAUUACUCUUGAUAGCACUGCUGUUGGUAAUCACAUGAAGAUAGUAGUCUUUGGAUCAAAGCUCAGUGUAGUCACAAGUCAAGAUAUCAACAUUGCCUGGCAAGUGAUUCCUUCUGGUAGUGUGGCAUCAUUUCAAUAUCCUUAUGAAACAAAUAUUGGAGUUUAUUACUACUCAGGCUCAAAUAAGAUUCUAGUGCUAUCACAAGUAGCAGCAGCUCCUGGCACUACAUGGGAUUAUCUAGCAAAAUCAAGUGAUGAGGAAGGAACAAUAAAGCUUGACCAGUCUGUUGGAACACGAUCAGAUGGUAUGUACGCCAUUCUUAAUCAGAAGCCAGAUGCAUGGUCAGGGAGACUGGUUAAUGUGGGCUUGUACAAAGAUAGUAAGCUUUUUAUGGUAGAGCCGUCAGUUGGUGUUGAUACUUAUGCUGAAAUGACUGUUUCUAACAAACUUUAUUUUGCAGUUGUUGUCCACAGUGAUUCCAUUACAAAUGGGAAAAUGUUUGUUCCUUCAUUUGUAAAUGUAUUUGCUAAGCAGAAUAGUGCUAAUACCAUACUUCCUGAAGUGCUAGAGGCUCAAGUAUCUCAGUUAAAAGAAGUAGAUCUCAAUCAGUAUCCAAAUGGUGUCACUGUCACUAUAACUCAAGACAGAAGUACACUGAGAUUCAUUUUUGACAUGAAAGCCACUAAAUGAACUAUUGAGUUUAUACUAACAAUAACUGAGUUAUCUAUUAAUAACAGUAUGUAUUGCAUCUAGUUUUAAGUAGUUAUAUAAAGCCUUUCUUGUCUGUUGAGUUUAUUCUUUCAGAUCUAAUUUCAGUUCAAUUCUA